AAUGGACCGAUCGCCUGCCAAGAGUUCGCGUCUUGCUGCCUAGAGAGCGGAAAAGUUUUCUCAAAGUGAGGGCUGGAACAGCAUUUCACGCCAAACCAAGAGAAAGACUAGAUUCCAGAGGCUCAAAGUUAAAGAAAAUCUGAUUUGCCGCCACUAGCUUUGCAUUUUAAAGGGAAAGGAGGCGAAGGAAGAAGGGGAGGGUCAGCCCCACCGUUUGCACUACCCAGAGUCCAGCCGUCCAUUGUGGUGGUGGCCGAGGCAGCGCCACUGCUCCGAGGACUCGCAGGGGGCGCAGGACCACGCCGCGUCACCUGGAGCAGCAGAGGGGGCCACCCAGAGCAAAGAACAUGUUAGCUGUGCACUUUGAUAAGCCCGGAGGACCAGAAAACCUUUACUUGAAGGAAGUGGCCAAGCCAAGCCCAGGGGAGGGUGAAGUCCUCCUGAAGGUGGCAGCCAGCGCCCUGAACCGGGCGGACUUACUCCAGAGACAAGGCCAGUAUGCCCCACCCCCAGGAGCCAGCAACAUUUGGGGACUCGAGGCAUCUGGACACGUGGCAGAGCAGGGGCCUGGCUGCCAGGGACACUGAAAGAUUGGGGACCCAGCCAUAGUUCUGCUGCCUAGUGGGGGCCAGUAUGUCACUGUCAUCGAAGGGCUCCUCAUGCCCAUCCCGGCAGGACUGACCAUGCCCCAGGCUGCCGCCAUCCCAGAGGCCUGGCUCACCGCCUCCCAGCUGUUACAUCUCUUGGGAAAUGUUCAGGCUGGAGACUCUGUGCUAAUCCAUGCAGGAGCAAGUGGUGUGGGCACAGCUGCCAUCCAACUUACCCAGAUGGCUGGAGCUGUUCCUCUGGUCACAGCUGGCUCCCAGCACAGGCUUCAAAUGGCAGAAACGCUUGGAGCAGCUGCUGGAUUCAAUUACAAAGAAGAGGAUUUUUCUGAAGCAACAAUGAAAUUCAGCAAAGGCGCUGGAGUCAACCUUAUUCUAGACUGCAUAGGCGGCUCCUACUGGGAGAAAAAUGUCAACUGCCUAGCUCUUGAUGGUCGCUGGGUUCUCUAUGGUCUGACGGGAGGUGCUGACAUCAGUGGGCCUCUGGUUUCAAAGAUACUCUUUAAAGGAGGAAGUCUGAUCACCAGUCUGCUAAGAUCUAGGGACAAAAAGUACAAACAGAUGCUGGUGAAGGCUUUCACAGAUCAAAUUUUGCCCCACUUCUCCACGGGGAACCCUCAAAGUUUACUGCCGGUUCUGGACAGAGUCUACCCCAUAACUGAAAUCCAAGAAGCCCAUGCGUACACGGAGACUAACAAGAAUGUGGGCAAAAUCGUCCUGGAGCUGCCCCAGUGA